UGGGAGGAGGCUGGACCUGCUAUUGGGCUGUAACGUUGGGUUACGCUGGUGGGCUGUGUUGGUGGUUUUAAUUUGGUGUUUUGGUCCCAUUUCCCCAGAGAACUUCGAGACCUGAGCGUCGUCCGUGCAUGUCGGGUAAUUGCGAGAGUGCAGCGCUCAGAAAAGCACAUGCUGGUUCAGUUCUCUGUUCUCUGAUCUCUGAUCUCCAGCCUGAGGAAAGAAAAGAUUAUCUCAUUCUCAGUUUCUCAUCUUCAGCUGUCAGGAUACACCUUCAGACGGAACCCAAAGCCAUGUGUUAGACCUCAGAGCCCGUAAUGGAGGAGCUGGACCCUGAGGAGCAGUUCCUCCGGGAUGCCAGAAAUGGGAACCUGCAUGGGAUCCAGAGGCUCCUGAUGUCCAAAAUAAAGGAAGAAGCUAAAUUUGACAUCAACUGUAAAGGAAAGAGCAAAUCCAAUUUUGGGUGGACUCCUCUUCAUCUGGCCUGUUACUUUGGGCACAGGGAUGUGGUAGAGGAGCUGUUGAAGGCCGGAGCAGAUGCAAAUCUGACGAACAAUGUAGGAGACACGCCGCUACAUAAAGCAGCCUUUACAGGAAGGAAGGAAGUAGUCAUGUUGCUUCUUCAGUACGAUGCAUGUCCUUCAGUCAUCAAUGGGACAGCACAGAUUCCAAAAGACGUUACCCGCAAUGAGGAGGUCAGAAGCAUGUUGGAGGCUGCUGAGAGGACUGAGGAGAGGAAGUUGGAGGAGCAGCUUUUGGAAGCAGCGCGAGAGGGAGCCACAACCACCCUCCUGAAACUGCUGAACAGAGAAAACCCUCCAAACAUUAACUGCACGGAUCUUCUAGGGAACACGCCUCUACACUGCGCUGCGUACAGGGGUCAGAAACUGUGUGCAGUUAAACUGCUCCAGAGAGGAGCCAGCUCCAACAUCAAGAACAAGAAUGGUCAGACUGUGCUUGACCUGGCGAAGGACGCUGAGGUGAGGCAGAUCCUAGAGGGCAAUGUAAUGAAAGGUUUGAGACGCUAUGUUCAGACGUUUGAGGGUCCUCUAUGGAAGAGCACCAGGUUCUUUGGGUGGCAUUUCUACUGGGUGGUUCUUCAAGAUGGAGUCCUAUCAUGGUACUCUAAACAGUCUUAUGCAGCGUCCAACACUCAGAGGCAAGGCUGCAAACCUCUAACCCAAGCCCAGUGUAGCACCAAAGAGAAAUGCUAUUUUACAGUAAGGUGCUUUGACGACAGUGUCCAUCAUUUUAAAGUUUCUCCAAAGAGUGACCCUGAAGCCGCCCGAAAAAAAUGGCUUGACGCUAUAGAGGAGCACUCAGCCUUUAGCACACAUUACUGCUCACAGGAGCUGGCCAGUGAGGAGGAUGAGGAUGAGCUGAUGUCACCGGGAGAGCUGAAUGACUCGCUGCAGCGGGCUCAGACGUGCCACGGGAAGUUCGAGAUUGAAGUGUUGGCUUUCCUUUCAAUGGUGAAAGAGGAUGGACUUGCUGAACGCCUUCCAGCUGCCAUGUUGCAAAAGCUGACGGAAGUAUCAGAGGCAUCCAGGGAGACUUGUUCAGCUCUCCGUGAGUGCCUGGACCUGUUCUCUAAACGGCAGGGGGUGUGCAGUCUGAAACUGGAGCAGGAAGUGGAGAAGAAUAAAAUACUGUCAGAGGCUCUGCAGACUCUGGCGACAGAGCACCACGAGCUGGAGCAGUCUGUGGUUCGAGGCUCCUCCCCCCGCAGUGCUGUGGUCAGCGAGGAUGACUUCUAUGAUGCUGUCUCUGACUCGGAUUCGGAGCGUUCAUACAGCGGCCUGGAGGUCAGCUGCUCGCUUGAGGACGGAGAGGAGAGCAGAUCCGAGCUGUACUGUAGCGUCCGCAGUUCUUUUGGAGGGAGAAUGUCCCAGGAGGAGCGACGAGGUGAUGAAGAGGAGGAAGAUGAGGGGACCAGAGUGAAUGGAGUCAAGAAACACAGAACAAGUUUGCCUGCCCCCAUGUUCUCUAGAAACGACUUCAGCAUUUGGAGCAUACUGAGAAAGUCCAUCGGAAUGGAGCUGUCUAAGAUUACAAUGCCGGUCAUCUUCAAUGAGCCGCUGAGCUUCUUACAGAGGCUUACAGAGUACAUGGAGCACACCAGCCUCAUCCACCAAGCUAAUGAGUCCACAGACUCCAUUGAGAGAAUGAAGUGUGUGGCAGCGUUUGCAGUGUCGGCUGUGGCCUCUCAGUGGGAGAGGACGGGUAAACCCUUUAAUCCACUGCUGGGAGAGACCUACGAACUGGUCAGAGAAGAUUUGGGUUUCCGGUUGAUAUCGGAGCAAGUGAGCCACCAUCCUCCAGUUAGUGCUUUCCAUACAGAAGGCCUGCAGAAGGACUUUGUCUUCCAUGGCUCGAUCUACCCUAAGCUGAAGUUCUGGGGCAAAAGUGUGGAAGCUGAGCCGAAAGGGACCAUGACUCUAGAGCUGCCCAAGUAUAAUGAGGCGUAUACAUGGACAAACCCGACGUGUUGCGUUCACAACAUUAUUGUAGGACAGCUAUGGAUUGAGCAGUACGGCAAUGUGGAGGUGAUAAACCACAGGACCGGUGAGAGGUGCUGCCUCAACUUCAAACCCUGCGGCCUUUUCGGCAAAGAACUUCACAAGGUCGAAGGUUACAUCCUAGACAAGAGUAAAAAGAAAGUGUGUGUGCUGUAUGGGAAGUGGACGGAGUGCAUGUACACCGUGGACCCUGCAACGUUUGAAGCUCACAAGAAGAAUGAUAAGAGGGCUGCAGAGGAGAAGAAAACCAGCAAACAGGGGUCCAGCGCAGAGGCCGAAGAGACCCCGCAAUCAGGAGGCGACACUCUGGAGGUGAUUCCAGGCAGCCAGCUGUUGUGGAAGAUCACCCCCCGACCAGCCAACUCUGCUCAGAUGUACAAUUUCACUACGUUUGCCAUGCAGCUGAAUGAGCUGGAUGAAGAGAUGGAGGCUGUGAUUCCCAAAACAGACUGCAGACUGAGACCCGACAUCCGCGCCAUGGAGAACGGAGACAUUGACCUGGCGAGUCAAGAGAAGAAGCGCCUGGAAGAGAAACAGCGAGCUGCACGGAAGAACCGCUCCAAGUCUGAUGAGGACUGGAAGACGAGAGGCUCCGUCUUUGGCCCCAGGUGGUUUCAUCAGGGCCCAAACCCGCACAACAGCGCUCCAGACUGGCUGUUCUCCACCGGAUACUGGGACCGAGAUUAUUCUGAAGUGCCUGAUAUUUACUGAUCUACUGAGCUUCGGCACCACAGACAACAUGUACAAUAAACUUGUCCUGUUCUAUUAGAUUCUGUCCCUGAGUGAGUGCAGACCCCCUCGAUUACUCAGAGAAAACAGUGUCCUGACUCACUUCUUCAUACAGGUGGUGAAUGAGUUAUACAUGCAGGUCAGGAGAGAUGAUGACCACACGCUGGCCUUGGGCAACAUCGGCGUAAUGUUUUCAAAAUAGCAAUAAUGAUCAAAAUUGAGAAUCCAUUCGAUUACUUUCCUGUACAGACAGUUCUGUGGUUCUCAUUGGUAGCAUUUUUGAACAAGGUGGAUGAAAUACAGUAACAAUCUCUGUCUAAACCGAAGUGCAGAGCAACGCUCAGUUUUGAACUAUGCACAUGUACAGAGCCGUAAUGGAGGACAGUCACUGCUCGCUGCUGCUGUUUAUUUCAGAGCUUUAUUUUUUUUUAUGAGGUGACCCUUCCGGCUGUUUUCAGGUCUUGUAUUUUAAUGAUUUUACUGUUACUCUUAUAAACAUUUCUUUUAGUUUAAUGUUAAAUAUGGAUUUGUUUUGGUGACUUGUCUUCACAAAACAGCGUCUUCGUACGAGUACAGGUGUUAAACCUAUUCUCAAGAGUCCAAGACUGUGAAAUACUUGUUUAUCAUAAACUGUAUAUGGCAGCAUAUGACUAAACGAAUAAACAGCAGUCGCUGUAGUUUUGUUUUCGGGCCGUUUGAAGAGGUUAGUGCAAUUGAUUUUAACCCAUGACCACUUGUUUGUUUAUUUUAUAGAUUGACUUUGAGAUGUAAAUUAUUUGUUUGAAUGAUGUUGUGUAUAUUAGUGAACUGUAAAGCUACAUUUACAUCACUGUGAAAUAAAAACCUAGACACAAGCA